CCCCAUCUCGAGCUCUGUGGCUCGUCUUUGAAUUGACCGAGUGCGCCCGCGCCGACUGAUUCACAUCAAGCCGCCAAGUCGGGAAGUGGGACACCUUCAAGGUCAAGGCCAUACAGCUUGGCCGCUUCGCGCUGUCUCCGCCAGUUAUAAUAUACUAAUCCCCACCAGACCACUUGGAGCCAUUUGUAAUUAAUUCAACAGCAGCCUGCUCGUUGAUCUCGCAACUUUUUUCGACAUAUUAAUUCUGACUAAACACUUCAGGAGCACCUUAUUUGCACUGGUGACAACGUCGCCCAUCUACAUUUUUACAGAACGACGGGUAUGGGUAGAGCAGUUCUUUCAUGAUCUACGACUUACUUGUACAGCAACUUUCUUAUAUCAACAAGUACGCAGCACCCAACAUGUCCAGCAGCCGCCACGGUAGUAUUGUUCGAAAGAGGACCCUUAUAUCAACGAGUACGCAACACCCAACAUGUCGAGCAACCGCCACGGUAGUAUUGUUCGAAAGAGGACCAUGAUAAACGAUCAUCGACAUGCAGACUAACAUCCUUUGAUGGAGGAGUUGGUUUUGGUUGCUAAAAAAGAAAACAAACAAACAAACAAACAAACAGAGGGCAGUACGCUUCGAGAGCGCGAGCAGGAUGGUUCUGUCGUCACCUCAAGAAGCACGAAGAAGAAUGAUAAUUCUAUCUGGAAUAACCUUGAGAACAAUAUGAGCCAGCGUGUCGAGUAUCAGUGUAUUCUUCAUCGCGGAGAAGAGAUAAAAGAUCGUGUGAUCGCGAGAUGUACAGAAGGUCGGGCGAGAAGUGCAUCAUGAGAGAAUUUAGUAAGGUAAACUUCUGAGCUCUACGAAUCAUUCGGGUUGCAGUCUGUGAAAAAAUUUCCCACGUAUCUGUAGCAGGCAUGCAAGCAAAACAGAAACCCAUCUCGCAAUAACAUCUCUUACAGUUUCGUGCUGACGACAACUGGUUGUUCUUUAGUUGAAUGAUGCGACAUGUAAGUAUGCUUCUUGUUCUCUAUCGAUUUCCACUUGCAGUUCUACCCUUUCCAUGACACUUAAUGUUGGGUAUCACAUACACAUCUCAUAUUCUGAAAAGCGUUGUGGCCUGGCUGGCACUCUUGGGCACAGAGUACUACAGCUUGAUCACGUUCAGUACAGCUGCUUAUGGUGUGAUGCCCGAUGCUCCUCGAAUCGGUACAACCUCCACAUCUUCGUCAAUCGAUUCGCGCAGGCAUUUGGGCGCUUCAUUCAGUUCAGGAGGCCACCGCCGCGACGAGCUGCGAGGCAGUACAAGCGGGCAACAGCUAAUAGCACAACAUCACGGCGAGCAAGGAGGGGAAAGUAUUGGAGGCAGGCGCUCACCUGGGCAACGCAGUCGACGCUUCUCACCUAGAGGCAUUAUCAUGUCCUUGCAGUUGCCGCUUCAUGAACUCAACGGGACAUCGAGUGCGUUGUCUCAAGCUUCAUCGGGACUGCUACUUGAGGUCGAAGGUAUCGGGGAAGCAGACCACGGUGGAUUAUGUAAUCGUGAAACUCACGGGAUACUACAGGAACAGCUACAGGAGCAGCCUCCGCCGGACCCAUCUUCAAGUUUCUCAUGGAACACUUGCUCUGGCGGAGCCGAGGUAGGAGAAGAUCUUGGGGCAGUCAAUAGUAAAGGACCAGCUUCUGGUAUGGGUGGUCGCAGGCCCAGCAUUAAGAAUUGUCCUGUUCAACAUCGUCGCCGACGACGGCACCACCAUCGACUUCGUAUGCAACUGUCACGACCGCAGACAUGCUGCGAUAUAGGAAACACAGUGACUACAACACUGGAACUCCAGGCGGAAGUGGCAGGGCUGCAGGAAAUAGCAGAAAUCUCUUUUCAGCGUCUUCGGCCCCGUCAAUGCCGGGGUCGGCUAGAAGUGGCGGUGCAUUCAAGACUGCUUCAGGUGGAAAGCCCAAACGACACACCUCAGCAACACCUCCAGCAAGGUUUGACUCAGUCCUCUCAGCAGGUCGUGAGUGAUGGCACUAUAGUAUAG